AGCCCAACAAGGGAUAUCACAAUUCACAGAAGUUAUAAAGAGGUUAGGGUUCCAACUGACCGAAGAACCCUAACGCCCACAAGGAAGCAAAGAGAUACUCAGCGGCUGUAACAGAUAUUGCAGAAUGAAGGUUGUCGCAGCGUAUUUGUUGGCUCUUUUGGGAGGUAACACUACCCCAUCAGCUGAAGAUUUGAAGAAAAUUCUCGGUUCAGUUGGAGCUGAAGCCGAUGAUGAUAGAAUCGAAUUGCUCUUGUCUGAAGUCAAGGGUAAAGAUAUCACUGAAUUGAUUGCAUCCGGAAGGGAAAAGUUGGCUUCAGUUCCAUCCGGUGGUGGUGGUGUUGCUGUUGCUGCCGCCGCUGGUGGUGCUGCACCUGCUGCUGCAGCAGCUGCUGAACCAAAGAAAGAGGAGAAAGUUGAGGAGAAGGAGGAGUCUGAUGAUGAAAUGGGAUUCAGUUUAUUUGAUGACUAGAAGGGUGGUGAUACUUUUGUGUUCUGUUUUGAUGCAUCUAAGGUUUUAUAUUUUGUUAUGAAGUUUUGGUAUUUUUUAGCUUGAAUUAUGUGAGACAAUUAAAAAGAUCUUGGAUGUAAAAGGAUUAGUUGAAAAUUUUAAGAUUUUUAAUUGAAGUGGUUUGAUUUGAUA